UUUUUAAGUAGGGUUGUAAGUGUAAGUAAAAUUAAUCCUGAAAGCUGUGUCAAUCUGAUCUCUUUAUAUGGUGGCACGAGUUCUGACACAGCACUGUGGGGAUUCUGGCACUGUGACAAAUUUAGAAGCAAAAUAAAGACUUGAUAGCCCAUAACUUAUAUAAUCGACUCUGAAUAUUUUUUGUAUUGCUCUGUUAGCAUAAAGUUAUAAUUUAUGUAAGUUGGUUUAAUAUCAGUCAAGGAAUUUAUCCAGCUCAGCAAAAUGAGAGGUUUUCUCCAAAACAGCUGCUUUAGUGUCAGCUUAUACAAGUGGAUGAAAUGAUGGUGAUUUCAGCUCUUCAUUUACAAAAUGGAAAAGACAAGGAACCUGCAGGCAACUCCCUGAGUUUGGGUAAUAUCUGGGAACUCUUUAUGGGUGCAGUGCUUUGAUUGUUAGUGUUGGACUGCCAUAAAUGCUGUAGAGGGGGUCCUAUGGAUUGGCCUACAAUAUGGGAGACGGCAGAGAGCUGCUGGCAACUGAAACCAGAGCAGCUUUUUGUGUGAACAGUGUCCAGAGUACAGCCACCCUUCCUUUCCUGGCUAGUGAGUUAAAUAAACUAAUACAAUUCAGGUGGAGAGUGCUCAGCCAGGUCCUGUGGCAAAUAAAUCCACACUGCAGCCCCUGUCGGGUAAUUUUCCUCACACUGGUGAGUCUUAAUUUAUGAAAACAUUUUCCCACACAAGCUAUUCCCUCACCAUUUUGGUUCUUUUGGGUUCAGCUGGUCAAGCUGAUGGAAGCGCACCAGGGUGUGGAAAUCAGUGCCAGCCAGGCUGUGGAUUUAAUGUAACAAAGGAACCAAAACUCAGCGGUUUUGUUAAGAACCGCUUAGAAUUUUUUGCAUUCUGCUGGUCCCUCCCCAAAGCCAUCAGGUGAAGCAGCUUCUGCCUUUAAGCUGCCCAUCGGCCACUCAGGCAUCCCCCUCACUCCGUGGCCGCGGAGGGGCCACAGCCCGCGGAGGGACCCCCGCCGCCGCAGUCAGGUCUGAAACAUCAGAGAGGAAGGAGCAAGUCUGGGUUUGCCAAGGUUUUGAUAAAUUCUGCAGUGUUUGGCCUCAGCCAUCCAAGUCCAUUCUCAGCUCAGCAUUCUCUGUAACCCCAUUCAUGGAAACGUGGAAACAUCUUUGACCUCAAUCCCUUGGAAACCAUUUGCACUCUAAUGAUCAAGAUGCAGCCCCUGGAUUCUGCAUGGUCUAAGCAGAAUUCUGUCCCAAGGGCCUCCAGCUCUAGUACCAAAUAUCUGAACAGGAACUGGUCUGGAUGAUCCUUGUGUGCCCCUUCCAGCUCAGGCUAUUCUGUGAUUCAAACAGCUGUACUCAAAACCACCCUGCACUGCCACAUAUCCUGUGCUGCACCCACAAGUCCCAGAUCUUUGCAAUUUAUGACCUGAAGUUUUAAGGCUCAAGUGAAACUGUCACAAUGGAAAAAUCCAAAUCUUGUUUCAUCUUUGUUUGAUGGCACUGCAAGAGAUGAGCAAACAAACAAACCGACCACAUGUGAGCUCUCUUGGGACUUUUGUACCUCUAACUAAACAUAUACAAUGGAUUUUGCAACUAAAAAAUGUUAUCCAAUGUAAAUAACGGCUAUUGCAUUGAAAAUGAUAUGCCUGGUAUGAGCAUCAAGUUACUUUGGAAUUUUAUUUCAAGUAUUAAAAAAGCCAUUUCACAAGAAGCAGACCUGUGUGAUCAAAAAGCGAGAUUUGGUCUGUAUUUUAAGUAAAUAAAACUAAAGUAAAAUAUCUGAGUAAAGUAAAAUAUCUGAGUAGACUUUUCUGCUUAAUAUGGUGGAAGUUAUGCAAAGUUAUGUUGUCAAAUUCAAAUUUUCCAAGAUUAAUUACAAAGGAAUCAAAAACUGAAUCUCUGCAAGCCUGCCAAAAGUUAGACUACCUUGUCUAAAUCAAUUACUUCAGAAUAGCCAUCUCCUAAUAGUCCAUGUGCUGCAAUGCAGCUUCUUGGAAUCUUACUGCUCCAGAGAGGGAAAAAUGAAAAUAAAAGCAAGCAUAAGAAAUCUCAGGGGACUGUAGCUUCAGGAGGCGAAAAAUUGGUGCUUUUUGCUUGCCUGUCUCUUCCAAGUUUCCUGCCCCCUUCAGCGUAUGAGAAAGGCAAGAAGAGUUUGUGCACUUUGGAAACUCGAUAGGAGGCAGCAGCUGAUCUUCCCAUCACCAGCCUAAAAAUAAUCCACUCCAGGGCUUGGAGCGGCUUCAUUAAGUGGAGGAAAAUCCUGCCAUCGGGAUGAUAUUGAUCACAUAGCACCAAGUGACAAUUUGGGUUGGUAUUUUGGGGUUGUGUUUACAAAGUCAUAAGUACCUUGCAGAGCAUGAGGAUCAGAGUGAUAAUUCAGCACAUGGACUGUUAGCAGAUGGUGGUUACUGAAGUUUGAGUCAGUUAACCCUCAGCUUUUGCCUCACAUAGCCAGACCUUCUGGAAGAGAUGAGACUCGCAUUUUGUGGUAAUGACAAUGCCUCAGCCUACAACAUCAGUGCUGGUGUCCUCAGGAAUGUCUGCUUUGUGGAUGCCCUCAACUUGGUCCCUCAUGUCUUCCUGCUGUUUAUCACCUUCCCAAUUUUAUUCAUUGGCUGGGGAAGCCAGAGCUCCAAAGUGCAGAUUCACCACAAUACCUGGCUUCACUUCCCUGGGCACAACCUGCGGUGGAUCCUGACGUUCACCCUGCUGUUUGUGCAUGUGUGUGAAAUAGCAGAGGGGAUUGUUUCUGAUACACAAAUGAAAUCUCGCCACCUGCAUCUCUUUCUACCAGCUAUAAUGGGAUUUGUGGCUGCCACUGUAUCCAUAGUCUAUUACCAUAAUAUUGAAACAUCCAACUUUCCAAAGUUACUGUUGGCCUUGUUCCUUUACUGGAUAAUGGCCUUUGUCACAAAAACCAUCAAGCUUGUCAGAUACUGCCAGGACGGGGUGCCUUUUUCUCAGCUGCGUUUCUGCAUCACUGGAAUCAUGGUCAUCCUCUAUGGGCUGCUGAUGGCUGUGGAGAUCAAUGUCAUCCGAGUCAGGAGGUAUGUGUUUUUCAUGAACCCUCAGAAAGUGAAGCCUCCAGAGGAUCUGCAGGAUCUGGGAGUGAGGUUCCUGCAGCCAUUUGUCAAUUUGCUCUCAAAGGCAACUUACUGGUGGAUGAAUACACUCAUUAUUUCUGCACACAAGAAACCUGUGGACCUGAAGGCAAUUGGAAAGCUCCCAAUUGCAAUGAGAGCACUGACAAAUUAUGUCUGUCUCAAAGAAGCCUAUGAAGAACAAAAGAAAAAGGUACAGGAUCAUCCCAACCGGAGUCCUUCCAUUUGGUUGGCCAUGUACAGUGCUUUUGGACGGCCAAUCCUGCUCAGCAGCACAUUCCGCUACCUGGCCGACCUGCUGGGCUUUGCUGGGCCACUCUGCAUUUCUGGCAUUGUUCAGGGCUUCCAGAACAUAACCAAUAAUACAAAUACCACAGAAAAGGUGAAGGAUCCAUCAAACUCCUACCUUUCAUCAGAGGAAUUCCUCAGGAAUGUUUAUGUCUUGGCAGUCCUUCUCUUCCUGGCCCUUAUUCUGCAGAGAACAUUCCUGCAGGCCUCUUACUAUGUGACUACAGAGACUGGCAUCAACCUCCGGGGUGCCUUACUGGCAAUGAUAUAUAAUAAGAUCCUGAGGCUUUCUACAUCCAACUUGUCCAUGGGAGAGAUGACACUGGGACAAAUCAAUAACUUGGUUGCCAUAGAAACCAACCAAUUGAUGUGGUUCUUGUUCCUGUGCCCCAAUCUGUGGGCAAUGCCUGUCCAGAUAAUAAUGGGUGUGAUCCUCCUCUAUAACCUGUUGGGAGUGAGCGCCUUGGUCGGGGCUGCUGUCAUUGUUCUCUUAGCCCCCAUCCAGUACUUCAUAGCCACCAAGCUGGCUGAGGCUCAGAAGAGCACUCUUGACUAUUCUACUGAGAGACUAAAGAAAACCAAUGAGAUACUCAAAGGCAUUAAGCUAUUAAAGCUGUAUGCCUGGGAGCACAUAUUUUGUACAAGUGUGGAAGAAACGAGAAUGAAAGAGCUCACCAGUCUCAAAACCUUUGCACUUCAUACUUCUCUUUCCAUUUUUAUGAAUGCAGCCAUACCAAUAGCAGCUGUUCUUGCAACUUUUGUGACUUAUGCAUACACCAAUGACAAGCCAUUGCAGCCUGCCCAGGCAUUUGCAUCCCUUUCACUGUUCCACAUUCUGGUCACACCUCUGUUCCUGCUGUCCACCGUGGUUCGUUUUGCAGUCAAGGCCAUCGUGAGUGUACAGAAGCUGAAUGAGUUUCUCCUGAGUGAUGAGAUUGGAGAUGACAGCUGGAGAGGGGGGGACAGCUCUGUACCUUAUGAAUCCUGUAAGAAGCACACAGGACUUCACACCAAGGCCAUCAAUAGGAGGCAGCCCCUGAGGUAUCAGCUUGAAAGCUACGAGCAGCCAAAAAGGAAGCACACACGACCUGUGGAGAUCGAUGAUGUGGCCAUUAAGGUGACCAAUGGAUACUUUUCGUGGGGAAGUGGUUUAGCUACACUGUCCAACAUAAACAUUAGAAUCCCAACAGGUCAGAUGACAAUGAUUGUGGGCCAAGUUGGUUGUGGCAAGUCUUCACUUCUCCUUGCUAUAUUGGGAGAGAUGCAGACCCUGGAGGGAAAAGUUCACUGGAGCAAUGUAAAUGAAAUGGAACCUUCUUUUGAAGCAUCCAGAAGUAGGAACAGGUACUCCGUGGCUUAUGCAGCUCAGAAACCGUGGCUGCUCAAUGCCACCGUGGAGGAGAACAUCAUCUUUGGCAGUCCCUUUAAUAAGCAGAGGUACAAGGCUGUUACAGAUGCCUGUUCUCUGCAGCCUGAUAUUGACUUACUACCAUUUGGUGACCAGACAGAAAUUGGAGAAAGGGGGAUUAAUUUAAGUGGAGGCCAACGACAGAGAAUCUGUGUUGCUCGAGCACUCUACCAGAACACCAACAUUGUCUUCUUGGAUGACCCAUUCUCUGCACUGGACAUUCACUUAAGUGAUCACUUAAUGCAGGAAGGGAUUUUGAAGUUUCUGCAAGAGGACAAGAGGACUCUUGUUCUAGUGACACAUAAAUUACAAUAUCUGCCACAUGCUGACUGGAUCAUAGCAAUGAAGGAUGGAAUGGUGCUUAGAGAAGGGACACUAAAGGAUAUCCAAAACAAGGAUGUUGAGCUAUAUGAACACUGGAAAACUCUGAUGAAUCGCCAAGAUCAAGAGCUGGAAAAGGAUAUGGAAGCUGACCAGACAACUCUUGAGAGAAAAACCCUUAGAAGGGCCAUGUACCCCAGAGAAUCUAAGUCACAACUGGAAGAUGAAGAUGAAGAGGAGGAAGAUGAAGAAGAUGAAGAUGAUAACAUGUCAACUGUCUUGAGGCUCAGGACAAAGAUGCCAUGGAAAACCUGUUGGAGAUAUCUAACCUCUGGAGGAUUUUUCUUGCUCUUUCUGAUGAUUUUCUCCAAGCUGUUGAAACACUCAGUUAUUGUGGCCAUAGAUUAUUGGCUUGCUACAUGGACAUCCAUGGACAAUGCAAAUGAAGCCAGGAAUACUGAUGAGGAUAAGAGCACAGAGAAGGCUUAUCAUGUAGCUGUCUUCAGCAUCCUCUCCGGAGCUGGGAUUAUCCUUUGCCUCAUCACAUCCUUGACUGUGGAGUGGAUGGGCCUCACAGCAGCCAAGAAUCUACACCACCAUCUCCUCAACAAGAUCAUCCUUGGACCAAUCAGGUUCUUUGACAUGACUCCACUGGGGCUAAUUCUAAAUCGCUUCUCUGCUGAUACAAAUAUCAUUGAUCAGCACAUCCCUCCCACACUGGAGUCUCUGACCAGAUCCACCUUGCUCUGCCUGUCAGCCAUUGGGAUGAUCUCCUAUGCCACUCCAUGGUUCCUUGUGGCCCUUGUGCCCCUGGGCAUAGCAUUUUAUUUUAUCCAGAAAUACUUCAGGGUUGCUUCCAAGGACCUCCAGGAACUUGAUGACAGCACCCAGCUCCCUCUGCUGUGUCACUUCUCUGAAACAGCUGAAGGCCUUACCACCAUCAGAGCAUUCGGGCACGAAGCCAGAUUUAAACAACGUAUGCUGGAACUGACGGACACGAACAACAUUGCCUACUUAUUUCUGUCAGCUGCCAACAGAUGGCUGGAGGUCAGGACGGAUUACCUGGGUGCUUGUAUUGUCCUGACUGCUGCUGUCACUUCCAUCACUGAAGGGCCACACUCGGGGUUUGUGGGGCUGGGUCUCCUCUAUGCUCUGACGAUAACCAACUACCUGAACUGGGUAGUGAGGAAUCUGGCUGAUCUGGAAGUGCAGAUGGGUGCAGUGAAAAAAGUACACAGCUUCCUGAACAUGGAGUCAGAGAACUAUGAAGGCUACCUGGAUCCCUCUCAAGUCCCCAAAGACUGGCCCCAGGAGGGGGAAAUCAAGAUUGAAAAUUUGUGUGUUCGCUAUGAAAACAACCUGAAGCCUGUUCUGAAGCAUGUGAAGGCCUAUAUCAAACCAGGACAAAAGGUUGGGAUCUGUGGUCGUACUGGCAGCGGCAAGUCCUCCCUGUCCUUGGCGUUCUUCAGAAUGGUGGACAUUUUUGAUGGGAGGAUAGUAAUUGAUGGGAUAGACAUCAGCAAAUUGCCUCUGCACACACUCCGGUCCCGGCUCUCCAUUAUUCUCCAGGACCCAAUCCUGUUCAGUGGCUCCAUCCGCUUUAAUUUGGAUCCUGAAUGCAAAUGCACUGAUGACAGACUCUGGGAAGCUCUGGAGAUUGCUCAGUUGAAGAACAUGGUCAAGUCAUUGCCAGGAGGCCUUGAUGCCAUGGUCACAGAAGGAGGGGAAAACUUUAGUGUGGGGCAAAGGCAGCUCUUCUGUCUGGCCCGAGCCUUUGUCCGCAAGAGCAGCAUCCUCAUCAUGGAUGAAGCCACAGCAUCUAUUGACAUGGCCACAGAAAACAUCUUGCAGAAGGUUGUGAUGACUGCCUUUGCUGACCGCACAGUUGUAACAAUAGCACACCGGGUUCACACCAUCCUCACUGCAGACCUGGUCAUCGUCAUGAAGCGAGGGAACAUCCUGGAAUAUGAUACUCCUGAGAACCUGCUUUCCCAGGAAGAUGGCAUCUUUGCUUCCUUUGUCCGGGCUGACAUGUGAACAGCCACAAAAUGCAUUUUAACAGCUUAUUUUAAACAGAUGAAAUGCAAAUAUUUUCUACUCAGUGUAACAUCAUUUUUACCUUUCUUGCUUUGUUUUUUAGAGCUUCUUUCUUCACACUUCCAUCUUCCAAAAUAAUAAAGCCUAUUGCAAUACAUGUAUGCCUUGAAGCAUUAAAAAUGUCACUUUAUUUAAAGCUAUUAAACUUGACACACACACACACACACACACACACACAUAUGCACACACAGAAUGGAGAAGUUUUUACUUCCUAGGAAUUUGGCAUUUUCCUUAGAAUUUUUACUGACUUUAUUUUUGUUUAAAGAGAGAAAAAGAAUGCACUGAUCUUAUUAAACUUCCUAUGUUAUGCAGGAACCAGCAAUCAAAUCGUGCAUUUUGUCAAGGAAGCAAGAGGUUCCCCAGAUACAUUCCGUCCCCAGAGGGAAAAAUUAGGAAAGACAUCCAAGCCCAUAACACUUGGGGCAGUCUGCUGCAUUCCAAAGGCAUAAGCUCUCCAAGCUGUAGCAGAGGGACAGUGAAUGAGGGAAAAGAAAUUCAUCAGGAAUAAAGAUCUUCUUCCUGUUGUUCACUUUAGUAAGCACACUUCAGUGGUGACAGAACUUUUUUCAGUGCAAUGAUGGUUUACUCCUACAGUCAGUUUCUAAAUCCAUAUUAAUUCUUACAACUUUCAUUAAAGAUUCAAAUCAUCCUAUGAUUAUGCAUGCUUUGAUAGACUUAUAGAGGAAUUUUGUACAGUAUCUCAAGACUUUAUAUUAAAAUUGAUCUGAAUUUAUAAACUUGAUAUUAACUAAUCCUUUGAUCAUGUCUACUAAAAUAUUCUGCUUAAAAUGGCAUGUAAUUAGCCAACCACUAAUCAUUUUAUAUGUCUUUUGUCUGUGGACCGGAUUUCUCUGAGCCUGAGAGAAUUACAGCCUGUCAGUGGCUGAUCUGUUCCCAAGAGAAAGUUUCUUGAGAGCUGUCUCGCUCAAGGACGAUCUUUGUAAACCAUUUUACUUUCUCAUAACAGUUCUGUAUAACUGUAGAUAGUGUGUUUUUCUCUUGUCCCACCAAUGGGACAAGAGGUGGUGUUUCCCUAACCAGUUAUGUUAAGCCUGUAGAGUAAAACCCUAUAAAAACGGAAAAGUUCAAAAAAUAAAGACCCCUUUUCCUAAAAACUUGUUCUAGUGUACUGGAUUAAGCCCACACUUCUACAUCAUGUCCAACAGCGACAUUGUCCUUCAAGUUCUAUUUGGGGACAACCUUUAUUUUCCUUUACACAUUUGUGGCCUACCUCUAAAUAAGAUCUAAUGCAAAGAGAUAUGAUUUUCAAAUUACUUUUCAAUUUGAAAUUGAAUAAAUUUCAAAUUAUAAUUUGAAAUUUAUAAUUUGAAAUUAGAUUUCAAAUUAUAUCCUCAAGAAUGUAGAUGAAGUUAGACACAUUUACAUCAGGCAGCUUUGCAAAGGUUACCUGUACAUGACUUUCACACAUGGUUAGAUACUGAUCCAUGGGCACCAAGCAUCCAGAAGGAGUUUUACAGGCAUAUUUUCAAAGGUACAGCUUGAGAGAUCAGCUUCACUGGUACUAUUCAAGGUGAUUCUUAUUCACCUUCUGCUACAAGAUUUAGGAAGACCACUAAGUGCACUUAAGUCUAUUUUUAAUGUCAUUAAAACAACUUAAGGCACAGCAUUUCUCCCUCCACCCUUCCCCCCCCCCCAAAAAAAAAAGCAAUAAUUUUGGAGAAGUUGCACGAUUUGAAACUGGGAUUACAUUUAGUCUCAUAGUGUAAAAAUGAUACAGUGGUUUGUCUUUUUUAAUUGAUUUUUUGACAUUUUUAUUUUCUCUGAAUUAUUGAAAAUGAAAGCUGUGUGGCACAACUAAACAAAAGAGCUCAGUCUUUAACAUUGUAUGAGGGGAAGUACUUCCGCGAUUUCCCUGUCUACUGCUGUGAAAACAUUUUUGUUCUUUUCUGGAUCUGUUCCCUGUGCUGACCUUUGUCAUUCAAAUAAAAUACAUUUUAGAAAAGCAGAUGCCUGCAGCAGAAGCACAAAUUGUUAUGCAAAUUUCACAGCAAAAAGUCCAGAAUUAUUCUUGAUUUAAUUUAAUUGUCUUCAGCAAAAAGAUAAUUGGAUUCCCUACUGUCAGACUGGGUAUAAAGAUGAAGUACAAAAAGUUUUCUUGAUCUGUGUGUCUUUGGUGAUGAUGCAACCAUGAUUUAUUUGAAGUGGUGCCAGCCAGUUCAAUGAGAUCCUUGUACCCACUGCAUUAAAGGGUUGCCAUGGGCCUGGAA